AUGUCUUCUACUACCUUCAAACAGUAUUGGCUACCAGAGAAGAAAGGCUUCGACUCUCUAAAAUUGAGAUCUGUUCCAAAGGAGUUACCUCGGCUUGGCCAGAUCUUGGUCCGCAUCAAAGCUGUCUCUCUGAACUGGCGAGACGGUAUCGUAGCCAUCGGCACUUAUCUGUUUCCCGGCCCUAAUGCCCUAGUUCCCGGAAGUGAUGGUCCUGGCAUCGUCGAAGCAGUUGGGGAGGGUGUGACUGAGUGGACAGUGGGUGAUCGGGUUGUCGCCAACUUCACGCAAGAGCACAUCGCGGGCCGUCUCACCCGAGGUGUUGGCCUGACCCAGUUGGGCGGUGAAGCGCAGGGUCUUCUGGGCGAGUACUUCAUCUUUCCAAAAACGGGUGUGGUCAAAAUUCCCGACUACUUAUCCUUCGAAGAGGCUUCUUGUCUUCCAUGCGCCGCUUUGACAGCUUGGAACGCCCUUUAUGGACUUACUCCUCUCCGGCCUGGCCAGACCGUUCUUCUGCAAGGCACUGGGGGUGUUGCCACCUUUGCGCUUCAGAUUGCACACGUCGCUGGGGCCGAGACGAUUGUGACUUCGUCAUCCGACGAUAAAUUGGUCAAAGUAAAAGAUCUUGGUACGACGUAUGGAAUAAACUAUAACAAGACUCCCGACUGGGCUGCAGAAGCCAUGAGAAUCACACAUGGCAAGGGCGUCGAUCAUAUCAUCGAAAUAGGAGGAACCUUGACGCUUUAA